AUGGCCCUGAACGGCCUGACCUGCAACCACUGCGGCGGCACGGACAUCGAGCUCGAUGCGGCGCGCGGCGACGCGGUGUGCAUCCAGUGCGGUACCGUCCUCGAGGAGAACACUAUCGUCAACGAGGUCACCUUUGAGACGUCGGCGGGCGGCGGCCAGCGCCACAUCUCGCAGCUCGCCAACGCGCUCCGCCUGUCCGAGCACCACCAGGACGCAGCCCAGCGCCUCUUCCAGCUCGCCGUGCAGCACAACUUCAUCCAGGGCCGCAAGACGCAGCACGUGAUCGCCGCCUGCCUCUACACCGUCUGCCGGCGAGAGAAGACCGCCCACCUGCUCAUCGACUACUCGGACGUGCUGCAGACAAACGUCUACAUGCUCGGCGCGCGCGAGAGAUGGGGAGAGCGCAUGAAGCGCGACUGGAUCCAGACCGGCCGCCGCCCGUCCGGCAUCUGCGGCGCCGCCCUCCUCAUCGCCGCGCGCAUCCACGGCUUCCGCCGCACACAGCGCGAGGUUGUGCGCGUCGUCCGCAUCUGUGACGUUUCGCUGCGCAAGCGGCUGAUUGAGUUUUCAGACACCUCUCUCGGCCAGCUGACCGCGAACCAGCUCGGCGACAACGAGUUUGACCUCGAGUCGCGGGUGGGGGGCCGCAAGCGGGAGCUGCUGGCGCGGCUGCUCGAACUGGAGUGCCCAGAGACGGAGCUGCAGCUGCCGGAGGGCGGCGAGGGCGAGGGCGAGGCGCCGCUGCUGCUCGAGGGUCCGGCCGAGGGAGAGGGAGAGGGAGAGGGCGAAGGUGAGGGAGAGGGCGACGAGGCGACGCAGCGGCAAGGAGAGGGAGAGGAGGACGGGGACGAGGCGACGCAGAGGCAAGGAGAGGAGGAGGAGGAGGGCGGCGGCGGCGGCGGCGGCGGCGGGGGGCGGCGGCGGAGGGUGACGUUUGGCGCCGACGUCGAGGCUCGCGCGGCGGCGGAGGCGGAGUCGCACGGGCUGGAGGCGGAGGUUGAGGAGGCGCUGCGGAGCGAGGUGGUGCUCCAGCUAGGGCACAGGCAGGGCGAGGGGACCGCCGCGGGCAGCAGUUCGGCGGGCGCGGCGGCGGGCGAGGAGGAGGAGCGGCUGCCCGCUCCUCCGACGGCGUGGGAGGUUGCGGACGCGAUAUCGUGUCGGGCGCUGAUGGAUGAGCUCAACACGGACCUCGACACCCUCGACGAUGAGGUGGAGGCGUACCUCAUCACCGACGAGGCCGAGGUCGCAACCAAGGCGAAGGCGUGGGACGAGAUGAACAAGGAGUACCUCGAGGCCCAGGCGGCGAAGCAAGCGGCGCGCGAGCAGAUGGCGGCGGCGAGGGGGCUCGACGGGGAGACGGCGGAGGCGCUCCUCGCCGCCGGCCAGCGCCGCCGCCCAAAAAAGCGCGCGCGCCGCGGCGAGCAGGGCGGACGCGGCGCCGCGUCGUCAGCGGCGGAGGCAGUCGAGGGCGAGCUGCGGCGCAACAGGCGCGCCCCCCUCUCCUCGCGCAUCAACUACGACGUGGUCUCGCUGCUCGCGCAGUCAGUGCCAGAGGACGCCGCAGCCAUGCCCGGCGGCGGCGAGGGAGGAGGCCUGCUCGGCGGAGGCCUCUCGGUGCCUCUCGGCAGCCUCGCGCCGCCGCGCUCGCCGCGCGAGGAAGAGCGCUUCUCUGAGACGCUCUCCGAGGGCGCCUCGCGCGGCUCGCCCGGCUACUACUGA